AUGCAUCGUGAGUCCUGUCCAUUAGAUUGUAAAGUGUAUGUAGGCAAUCUUGGAAACAGUGGGAGCAAGACUGAACUACAGCGCACUUUUGGCUAUUAUGGACCACAUCGAAGUGUGUGGGUUGCUCGGAACCCUCCUGGCUUUGCUUUCGUUGAAUUUGAGGAUCCCGGAGAUGCCGCUGAUGCUGUCCGACAGCUGGAUUGCGGAACACUAUGUGGCUGCCGUGUGAGAGUAGAACUGUCGAAUGGUGAAAAAAGAAGUCUCAGUCGUGGCCCACCUCCCUCUUGGGGUCGAUGCCCUCGAGAUGAUUACCGUAGGAGGAGUCCUCCACCUCGGCAAAGAUCUCCAAGAAGAAGCUUCCCUCCAACCCGGAGCAGGUCAUUUUCUAGAGACAGGAGAAGAGAAAGGUCUCUGUCUCGUGAGAGAAACCUCAAGCCAUCUCGAUCCUUCUCUAGGUAUGAGCACGCGGAGCUGAGGGCGGAGCGCGAAGUCGCGGGGUUCCGUGGGCGCGCCGCCGGUGGAGAAACGUGUGACGCGCUUCCUGUGCGUCCCCGUGCAUUUCUGUCGCGCUGGUCCCGCGGCUCGGAGUUUUGA